UUUCCUAUCAUUCUAUCACUGAAUACCACAUCAUCAAAAUGGCUGAUACCGCUGUCGCUGCUCCCGUCGCUGCCCCAACACCCGCCAAGGUGAAGAAGGCUGCCAAGCCCAAGAAGAAUGCAACUCAUCCCAAGUACAGCGAGAUGAUUGCUGCUGCACUAGGUGCCCUGAAAGAGAGGUCUGGCUCCUCAAGACAGGCUAUCCUGAAGUACAUCCAGGCCAACUACAAGGUCGGGGAUAACGUCAGUGCCGUCAACGCCCACCUGAAACUGGCCCUCAAGGCUGGCGUCAAGAGUGGAGCCGUUAAGCAGUCAAAGGGCACCGGUGCCUCUGGAUCCUUCAAGCUUGGAGAGGUGAAGAAGGCCGCAAAGAAGGCAGCCAAGCCUAAGGCUGCCAAGCCUAAGAAGGCCAAGGCACCCAAGAAGGCCAAGACACCCAAGAAGGCAGGCGCCAAGAAGACUGCAGCCAAGAAAACCGCUGCCAAAAAGGCCCCAGCCAAGCCAAAGAAGGCCAAGACACCUAAGAAGGCCGCUCGCAAGAGCGCACCAGCAACCGGCGGUGUCAAGAAGCCUCACAGAUACAGGCCCGGAACCGUCGCCCUUCGUGAAAUCAGAAGGUACCAGAAGAGCACCGAACUCCUCAUCAGGAAACUGCCAUUCCAGCGCCUGGUUCGUGAAAUCGCUCAGGACUUCAAGACUGACCUCCGAUUCCAGAGCUCCGCUGUCAUGGCUCUCCAAGAGGCCAGCGAGGCUUACCUGGUCGGCCUUUUCGAGGACACCAACUUGUGCGCCAUCCACGCCAAGCGUGUCACCAUCAUGCCAAAGGACAUCCAGCUCGCACGCCGUAUUCGCGGUGAACGUGCGUAAGCUUUUGCACUUGGCUAAAACACAAACAACGGCCCUUUUUAGGGCCACAUAAA